AUGGAAGUCUGCCUGGCCUGUAUGGGCAUGUGGUGUAGUGGUGCUCGUGGAAGGCCUAUGGCCCUAGGGUCGCGGAUGCGUGGGUUUGGGCUGGCCUCUGGUGUGUUUGGUGCAGGUGGGCCCGGCAGCAGCGGCAGUGGCGGCAGGAGUCUGAGACGCGACGGAGGCCCCGGGAGAGACGCGACGGAGGCCCCGGGAGAGACGCGACGGAGGCCCCGGGAGAGACGCGACGGAGGCCCCGGGAGAGACGCGACGGAGGCCCCGGGAGAGGCGCGACGGAGGCGAACCCCUCUCCCCAGCGAUGGAAAGGCACAGGUGUUCACGAACUAG